UCUAUUGAUCAUUUUGCUGUCUUUUUUGUCUUUCUUAUUUUAAAUAGCGUAUACAUAAUUGUAUACUAUAAAUAGUUUCUAAUGGUUUUCCACAUUAUUAGAUCAUAUUCACAAUCGUAGUUAAGUGCUAGAACAAACCAUGGAUCGUUAUCCUGGAAUAUCAAAUGGAAGACACAAGAAUCCUGAUUAUUCCAUGGCAACGGAAAGACUGGCAACACUCACAGACGUGGCAACAUUCAAAGACUGGUCAACAAAUGGGAUCUCUAUUGAAGAAUUAUCGAGUGCGGGAUUUUAUGCUACAGGAAGCCGAGACUCUGUAAAAUGUUUUUACUGCGGAGGAGGGAUGCAACACUGGCAACAGGAGGAUGAUCCUUGGCUAGAGCAUGCAAGACAUUUUCCAGAUUGUGACUUUUUAAAGCUACAUGUAGAAGAAGAGUUUAUAAAAAGGGCAAACUAUGUGGAUGGAAAAGAUGCAAUGGAAUCAACAUGUGGGCAGGUGAAAAAACGUCUUGUUCCUGAUCAGCUAAUAGACGAUUUGUACAGUAAGGCAUCCUUGCUGCUUAUGGACAAAGGGAACAAGCAAGAGAUUGUUGAACAUGCGAUUGAAAGAGCAAGAGAAAAGCAUGGUAGCGGGGAUUUAAGGGCUUCCGAUAUUCUCAAUGCUCUACUUGAAAGCGAGACGUUUACCACGCCCUGUAGCAAAGACGCAUUUUCUUCUUCACGACCAACCAACUAUAUGAAUUUGUCAAAUGGCCACGCGGAACGACUAGUACAUGUUCCUGUCAGUUUGGGGGAUAGUUUCUCUGGGCCUUUAGGUGAAAAGACAUAUGCUGAUGAUGCACUCAAUACUGCGAGGCUGGAGCUAUUUUUGGAUCUCGUCUAUACAGGUAACUCCGCCUUUCCGAUACGAGUAAAAAUUCCUGAAUGAACUUGUUUACAUAGACUGCACUUAACUGGAUUGUAACAGAUGUACUAGAACUAAUCUUCAUUUAAAAUUUAAAUGAAUCUUGCCAUAAUGCAAACUACAUUUAGGUAGCGUGGAUAUAAAAAAAAGACACCCUCUUGUACACUACAGGCCUUUUUCUGUCUAAAUUUCAGUACCUUUUGCUGCAUAUUUUUAAAUAAUGUACCUCCUGUUUAUUUUUUUUAACAAUAAUUAUAAAACGUGACUGACCCGAGUUGUUGGAUUCGCUCAUCGUUGAUUGAAGGGCAUAAAUUCGAUUCCCGGAACCGACCAUGCUUCCUUAAUUGAAAAAAAACGUCGGCAAUUUCUUACGGAAUAUGUGAGCCUUAGUCUAAUUUGACGCGAUCCUAGGAAACAGUUACGAGUAGUUUUCUCCACUCGAAAGAAAUUGUCUUUGCCAGAUUUGGGUUUAAAUGCUGAUAUUGUUGCGAAUAUAAGAUAAAUUCAAAUAAAACUUACAUGUAUCAAAAGGUAGUCCAAAUAUUUUUACUCAAAAGUUGAAUAUCGUUAUAUUUUUGACUGGUUGAUAACAACUAUCUAUUUACGUCCGAUACAUUUCCAUACACAGGUUUAUUUUUAGGUUACACGCCACGCCUAUGUCAUCGACUUUUUUACUCCAUGUACUUACUAUUCGCAUUAUGGUUAACAAUUUCGUUGUUACUGUAUGUUUUUAAAUUGAUGGCAUUUUCUUCUUAUUAAAGAUUUUUCUAUUCUGUGUUUGCCUUUUCUAGCCGAAAGUCCAAUUUUAUUUUUCGCAUUGAUUUCAAUUUAUUUACUUAUAAGACAUAAUAGCAAUUUGCGAUCGCGCUGUAUAAAAUUUUACCGGUAAAUUUAUGAAAAAUCGGCCGUUUUUAUGUAAUUUUGAUUAGUUUAAAGUUUGUAUUUUAACGAAAAUGCCCUAAUAUUCUAGCUACAUCUAUCUUUUAUCGACGUUGAAAGUUUGAAGCAAUCUGUUGGAUAUUAAAAGCUCCACACGCGUUUCCUGUGUACGGGACACCUAAAUUUCGCGGUAUUAUUCUUAUCUAAAAUUUACCUGGUUACCUGUUUUCGGUUGCCUGUCGUCGUCUGCUUGUUUAUUGUACGUUUUCACUACUGGAUUUACCUAUGGUGACUUCUUUCUUAUAUCCAUUACUCUGCUCUGUAUGUUGUUUAUGCCACCGUAUAGGUCCCUAACAUCUAUUUACAAAUGCUUGCCUAACUUUACUGUAAAUGAUAUUUUCUUCCUAUGUUUACUAUUUGAUUUCUUAUAGUUGUUUUAUUACCUUUGUUUCAGUUCCAUGUAAAACAUGUUAAAGUUGUUUCAAAUUUUGGUUAAAACUGUUAAAACUAGCUAAAAUAUGACAACAUUUUAUAAAAUCAGCAUCGGCGUGUGCAAGCGAUAAAACCAAUAAGUACUGCGAUUUAUCCUCAAUUAUUUUGGUCCUUUUAGAGUGACCCUCACAAAUAUAAAACAAACUAAACGUCGAAUUAUUUUGACUUAUGUGAGUCUAUAACUGGUUCUUUCCAUGAACGAAGACAAGGCUUAUCAACUGUC